UUUUAAGCUCUUGGUUUUACUAUCUAAGUCAAUAAAAAGCCCAAUUACUGGCUCAAUACAAAACAUUAUUAGAAAUGUUUUAAGCCCAAUAGUCGGCCCAAAAACCAAUGUAGGGCCCGCAGUUGACAAAAACCCUAGCUGUGAGAGAGAGAAUUUGAGAGAGCGAGAAUGGUGUCCGGCUCAGGAAUCCGCGCGAAGCAAGUGGUGGUGGAUAGGCACCACCACAUGCUCGAUCAUCUGGCGCGGUCGUGACCAAGGGCCUUCUCAACGGCCAGCCGAUCGCAGUCGUGCGCACCAAGCAGACCACCAUACCAUGAUUAUAGGGAUAUUCACUUCGGACACCCCAAGAGCAGACCGUCAUACCAUGAUUGUAGGGGUAUUCACUGCGGACACCCCAAGCGAUGUCUCAAACUUGGACGCAGCUGAAGAAUCGAACCGUUACCCAUUUGUCGUCUGGUCCGUCGAGCUCCUCUAAAAAAAUUCCUUUUUCAAACCAAGGGUAGGCUGUGACGAAUGAAACAUCUCAUUGUUCCGUUGUCCUUGUCCGACAUUCUCUAAACAAGUACAAACACUCCAGAGUAGUGCGGUGUGUCAAAGGUGCCAAAGCCAGUUGAAUGACUAGAACUGUCCGGUCUUCAAAAAUGAUCUCUGGACUCCUAAGCACAGGGAAGUACCACUUGAGCCAAAUUUGUACCAUCCAAAGUGGCCCUUGCCGAUUGGUCUGGAAUGGCCUAUCUUUGAUCAUCUUGUCCAACAUCGAGUACAGAUAAGAGAGCACGAAUGGCCCCAUGGCAACAUCUUCAUAGGCAUUCAAUGCCUCAGCCAGAGGAAUCCAUUCCAAUUUGAUGUAUUUGGAGGGAUUUGGAAACAAGAAUUUGUUGAGCCAAUACAACAGGAAAUGUACGUGCUCCUGAUCGGGAUUUGCCCGAAGGGAGUUGGAACUAGAACGUCCCUUGAAAUAAUGCAAAAAUCCUGAGAAAGAGGUGCCUGAGGCCUUGAGCUUGGCCGGAUCGCUAUUCAUUUUCACAAGAAGAAGGAUAGCUCCGACAUUUCCUUUCUUCUUCUUAUUGGUUUCCCUAGGAGCUGCCCAGUCCUUGGUGAUGUCAACACAUUUGCUCGACGGUCGAAGCCCGAACAACUGAGCCAUAUCUAGGAUCGUGGGUGUCAUCGGGCCCAUUAUGAAAUUGAAGGUGUUGGUGGUGUUGUCCCAAAACAUCAUUACUGCACUGAGAAGCUCGAGAUUCAAAGUGAUGCCUUGCUUGGACAGCAUAAUCAGGUCGUGGAUGCCGUUGGAUCGCCAUUUAGCUUCAUGAAUGGGCUUCAAGUUAUCAAUCCAUUGUCCCCACUCUUCACUGGAGGGAGUAGGGAAGCCCUGGGUAGCGUGACUCCAACCUUGUGGACAAAUACCAGUUCUGGUCCUAUAUGGAUUGGGAGUGAUCCAUGUUGCUGCCAGCGGGUUACACUCCACUACAUCUGGGACUGGGCGAGUCUAUGCAGGACCCAGAGAGAAUGCAUCUCUGUGUUCGAAGAACGCAUCAAAAUGAAGAUCAGGCUGAUCUGGGUAGAGCAAUCCAAUCUGAUGUCUGAGUUUGGUAAUGUCGUCACUGAUUUUGUAUCGAGGACGAUUUGAAGCCUUCAUUGGAGAAACUUUGAAAGAACAGAGAAACGGGAAGACUGAGAAUUCGUAAGGAUUGAAGAAAUCAGAAGCAAAAGUAAUAUGGUUCUCAAUCUAGUUUUUUCAUUUUUAUAUGUUUACAAUUUAACGGUCAUUAGUGGCGCAAAUAUUGAUUCUGACUAGGAAUUUGAGAGGUUUAAAUAUAAUUAAAGCCAAUCUUAAUGGUUUAAUCCUGUUUGAAAAAUGGGCAAUGUUCGGACAGAAGAUAAGCAGUUAGGCCUGUUUCUAAGGCCCAACCUUAUUUAUUUCCCAUUUAGCCCAUUAUUUGACAGAUUUAAUAAGCAAAGCCCAUCAGCCCAUUCACAAGGCUAGUCAUAUUUGUUCACACAUUCAUACUUGAGGAACAUCAAAAGGUUGUGCAGGCUUGUAGCUGGAGUAGUAAAUAUCUUGUUCACACAUUCAUACUUAAUAUUUGGUUGCGCAGGUAGAGUUUUAAUCAAUGAGUCGACUCUACAACUUGUAUAACAGUCAUAUCAAACUCUUAUGGAUGUGAUAAUAACUUGAGAUAGUGCAUUCCAUGAUUCUCGCUAACUUGUUUUGUUUGUUUCAAAGACUUUCUAACACAUAUCUUUUGUAUUUUCCUAUUCAUGAUCCUUUAGUCUAGAAAAAUUCUUCUACGCAGUUGUUCGUAUGUAGAAACUAUCAAUUCAAUGGGAUCACAAGGUACCUUGGAUGCUAAGAAAAUAUAACGACUAUUUUGUGAGUGGCCGCACGUACUUAUGACCCUUUAGUCGCACACUAAAAUUUCUCCUUAGACCGAGAUGCAUGUCAACUUUACACUACACUAAAAACACAUCAUAUUGUUAAGGAAAUGCUUGGUAACUUAUCAUUUAACACUCACUUUCAUAUCUAAAUCACUCCAAAAAGAUUUGUUGUGAGAAAAUAUUGUUUGGUUCAUAAAUUUUCUCUAGUGCAUAUCAAAAGAAAGUUCAGUUCCGAACAAGAGUGCACCAGAGAUAACCUCUUGGUUCUACCAUCCAAGUCAAUAAAAAGCCCAAUUACUGUCUCAAUACAAAACAUUAUUAGAAAUGUUCUAAAGCCCAAUAGUCAGCCCAAAAACCGAUGCAAGGCUUGCAGUUGACAAAAACCCUAGCUGUGAGAGAGAGAAUUCGAGAGAGCGAGAAUGGUGUCUGGAUUAGGAAUCCGCACGAAGCGAGUGGUGGUGGAUAGGCACCACCACAUGCUCAAUCAUUUGGCGCGGUUGUGACCAAGGACCUUCCCAACGGCCAGCCGACCGCAGUUGUGCACGCCGAGCAGACCGCCAUAUCGAGAAGUCUGGUGACUGCCUUGUGGAUGUGCUGAUGGGCUUUACUUAUUAAAUCUGUCAAAUAAUGAGAAAUAAAUAAGGUUGGGCCUUAGAAACAGCCCCAACUGAUUAUCUUCUGUCUAAACAUUGCCUAUUUUUUAAACAUGAUUAAGUCAUUAAGAUUGGCUUUAAUUAUAUUUAAACUUCUCAAAUUCCUCGUCAGAACCAAUAUCGGCGCCACUAAUGACUGUUAAACUGUAAACAUAUAAAAAAUGAAAAAACUGGACUGAGAACCAUAUUACCUUUGCUUCUGAUUUCUUCGUUACGAAUUCUCAAUCUCCCAGUUUCUUAGUUCUUUCAAAGUUUCUUCAAUGGCGGCUUCAAACCGUCCCCGAUACGAAACCGAUGACGGCUUCACCAAACUCAGACAUUAGAUUGGAUUACUCUACCCAAAUCAGCCUGAUCUUCAUCUUGAUGCGUUCUUCGAACACAGAGAUGCAUUCUCUUUGGGUCCUGCAUGGACUCGCCCAGUCCCAGAUGUAGUGGAGUGUGACCCGCUGGUAGCAACAUGGAUCACUCCCAAUCCAUAUAGGACCAGAACUGGUCUUUGUCCACAAGGUUGGAGUCACGCUACCCAAGGCUUCCCUACUUCCUCCAGUGAAGAGUGGGGACAAUGGAUUGAUGACUUGAAGCCCAUUCAUGAAGCUAAAUGGCAAUCCAACGACAUCUACGACCUGAUUAUGCUGUCCAAGCAAGGCAUCACUUUGAAUCCCGAGCUUCUCAGUGCAGCAAUGGUGUUUUGGGAUAACACCACUAACACCUUCAAUUUCAGAAUGGGCCUGAUAACACCCACGAUCCUAAAUAUGGCUCAGUUGUUCGGGCUUCGACCGUCGGGCAAAUGUGUUGACAUCACCAAGGACUGGGCAGCUCAAAGGGAAACCAAUAAGAAGAAGAAAGGAAAUGUUGAAGCUAUCCUUCCUUUUGUGAAAAUGAAUAGCGAUCCGGCCGAGCUCAAGGCCUCGGGCACCUCCUUCUCGAGAUUCUUGCAUUAUUUUAAGGAAUGUUCCAGCUUCAACCCCCUUCGGGCAAAUCCCGAUCAGGAGCACGUACAUUUCCUAUUGUGUUGGCUCAACAAGUUCUUGUUUCCAAAUCCCUUCAAAUGCAUCAAAUUGGAAUGGAUUCUUCUGGCCGAGGCAUUAAAUGCCUAUGAUGAUGUUGCCAUGGGGCCAUUUGUGCUGUCUCAUCUGUACUCGAUGCUGGACAAGAUGACCAGAGAUAGGCCAUUCCAGACCAACCGGCAAGGGCCACUUUGGAUGGUACAAAUUUGGCUCCAGUGGUACUUCCCUAAGCUUAAGAGUCCAGAGAUCAUUUUUGGAGAUCGGACAGUACUAGCCAUUCAACUGGCUUUGGCACCCUUGACACACCACACUACUCUGGAAUGUUUGUACUUGUUUAGAGAAUGUCGGACAAUGACAACAGAACAAUGGGGUGUUUCCUUUUUCAGAGCCUACCCUUGGUUUGAAAAAGGAAUUUUUUUGGAGGAGCUCGACGGACCAUAUGAAAAAUGGGGAACGGAUCGAUUCUUCAGCUGCGUCCAAGUUCGAGACAUCGCUUGGUCAUCCCCACUAGUUUGUCUACUCUUCUUAAUCUUAGUUCCAAUAAAUCUAAUUGAUUGGUCAUCCACUUAGAUUUAUCUAAUUAUCUAGAAACAAGUUCACAAUGAUAGCCAGUCACAAUAACAUUCGAGACUAGAAUAGAUUAAGAAUGAAACAUGGCAUGUAAUCGAAUAAUAAUAAACAAGAUAUUUCAGAAAUAAUCAUGUCAUGGCUUCAUCAUAAGCCUUAGAAAAGUAGUUUAAGUACACAUAGUCAUAAUAAAAAUCACAAAAGAAGUCAUGGAAGAAGUGUUGGAUAUAUGUCAACAUUCUGUGAUAAUUUAUAUAUGCUAAUAAUUUAUCUUCCGGAAAAACCUGUAAAGAUAUGGGAAACGUAGUUUUAUCUCUUAUUUUUCCACGCCUAUAUCGCACGUCACUAGGAAAAAUCUUCUCCAACUAGUCAAAGUCGGAACUCUGAAACUCAGAAGAGAGUUGAACGGUGCUGUUUCGCAAGCCAUCUUCUUCCAAGAGCCGAAAAAGCUUCGUCCCAAAACCUGCAACUUUCUCCGGGAUCUGCUUCCAUUUGAGCAUAAAAGUACAACAAGUGGUAUCAGAGCCCAGGUUUCGACUUGGGUUUUGCUUACCAAUCACUAUGAAGCCUUCUGUAUUGUUGGUGAAAGUUGAUAUCGAAAAGUUCGACGACAAUGACUUUGGUAUUUGGCAAUUGAAGAUGCGUGCUUUGUUAGUUCAACAAAGGGUUUUGAAAACACUAAAGGGUGUGAAGGCUUUGCCGUAUUCGUGGACCGAAUAGGAAAAGGAAGACAUUAUGGAGCAGGCACUUGGAGCAAUCCUGCUGACUUUAUCUAAUGAUGUCUUGCGUGAAGUUGGUAACACCAAAUCUAUACCGGAGUUCUCAAAUUAGAGAGUUUAUAUAUGACAAAACCCCUUGCUAAACGGUUGUAUUUUAAGAAAAGUUUGCAUACUCUUCGAAUGGAUGAAGGUAUAUCAAUUCAUAAGCAUGUUGAUGAUUUCAAUAAACUUAUGAUGGAUUUGAAAA